AUGGCGUCGAUACUUCGUCUCUUCACUCUCCUCUGCUUCGUCUUCUCAAUCUUCAUCUCCGUCUCCGAAUCUAAACUCCUGGAGCCUCACGCCGCUGAAUCAUUCAAUGUCAGCCUCAUCCAGAAUUUGAGGACUAGCUGUUCUUACACGGUGAUCAUCUCGACGAGCUGUUCGUCAUCGAGGUACACUCGCGACCAGAUCAGCAUCGCUUUCGGCGAUGGAUACGGAAACCAGAUAUAUGCGCCAAGGCUUGACGAUCCAUCAACAAAGACGUUCGAGCAGUGUUCAUCAGACACAUUUGAGAUCAACGGACCAUGCACAUACCAACUGUGCUAUGUGUAUCUCUACAGGUCAGGACCCGAUGGUUGGAUCCCAGCGAGUGUGAAGAUAUACAGCCAUGGCUCCAAAGCGGUCACAUUCCCGUAUAACACGCUCGUCCCUGAGAGUAUAUGGUAUGGUUUCAAUUACUGCAACAGCGCCUCGGAUUCGAGUCUGCUAGCCGUUGGUCUCGGAAGGUUCAUGCUCGUGCUGCUCGGGUUUAUAGUCGCCGGUUCAACAUUGCUCUUGUAA